CGAUGACACAAUAUGGCAAGACCUGGAUACAGCAGAUGCAGAGCAUGUUCAGUGUAUGUUAGAUAGGACACCAUGCACUCGCUUGUCAUGCUUUGCACACACGCUGCAACUUGUUGUAAGAGAUGGAAUAAAGAAGCCUUCAGUGUACACCAGAGCAGCAAUGGGAAAAUACUGCAAAUUAGCAAAUCUUUCUCAUGAAAGCACCAUAUUCCGUGAAGCAUUUGAAAAUACAUUUGGAGCAGGAAGAUCAAUUCCAAGUACAAAUUCAACCCGCUGGAAUAGUUUGCAUAGACAAAUCAAAAUCAUUGUGUCCUUGGAUCAGUACAAAUUAGGUCAGUUACUGAGAGAACAGCAGCUGGAGCAUCUUCUACCGACACCCAGAGAUCAUGCAGCCUUGACAGAAUUUGUUAAUGUUCUGCAGGCUUUUGCUGAAGCAACAGACCUGGUACAGGGUGACCAGUACACCACAAUUGGAUCUGUGAUGCCUUCUGUCAUAGCACUACAUAGGCACUUAAAGGACUUGCAUGGUCUAAUUCGCUAUCAGAGAUCUCUUGUAGAUGCACUUCUACAAUCCCUUCACAUAAGGUUCAGUGGACUUUUUAAUUUGCUACAAAUUACCCAAGACCACAGUGACAGACAGGAUCCAAAGCCUUUUAGUGAGAUGCUCUACCCAAUGGCCAGUGUUCUUGAUCCCACAUUUGGGUUUCUGUGGUUGGAAGCAGACCAUCCCGGCAAUGACCAAAUGAAAAGCAAGAUACGAGAAGAAAUCAUUGAUGAAAUUGUGAACCAAGUAGACCUGAUGUGCCCCAGAGAAAUUGCAGGCCCAUAAGAACAACAGGCGCCAGCAAGUAAAGUACCUA